CGGACACUGAUAUAGCGAACAGAUGGCCAUUUGGUUGGGCCCAACACAGCACACACUGUGCAACCGGACGUACUCUAUAUCAUGAGUAGUCGGUAUCGCUAUUAUAAAUACAGGCAAUCGCUGUGUAAUCGAUAUCUCAUCACAUGUUAUGAGUGUUUGAAUUCAUUUGAAAAGUUGUUUUCAUUGGCUGUGAUUGGCGUUCAUUACGAGUGUCACACAUUUGAACCACUCAUUUGAUCCCUAAAUCUUGUGCCCAUUUAUCUCCUCUACAUCUCUGAUCAGUCCUCCAGACGUGACAUACGUAUAGCUCUGGCAAUGACUUCAUAUACCGUUGAAUACAUAACCGAUAAAUUGAAACAACAUUUAGAGACAACACAUUUGUCGGUGGAAGACAUGUCGGACGGAUGCGGCGCUAAGUUUAACGCAUUGAUAGUGUCGGACAAGUUUGAAGGCAUUCCCCUCUUAGAGAGACACCGAAUGGUGAACACUGUGUUGUCCACAGAACUCAAGACAAUA